UUCUCCGAACCCCCUUCGGCCAGGAGGAGGAGCAGCGGAAGAAACGGCAGAAGCCGCAGACAGCGACAGCUGCCCGGCCGAGGGAGCGUGGCGGAGACGGGCUGCAGCGCCGGGGCGCCCAGGGCUCCCGGGGCGGCGGUGGCGGUGGCCGGAGGUGGGGAGCGGCGCGGCCGCCCUGGAUGUUCCCGGGCACUUCCUGACCAGCCGGCCCCGCGCACUCGGCUGGCCCCGCACGCCCCCCACCCGGUGCUCGCUGCCCGGCGGGGCCCGCUCUGCGUCGGCCGCGCCGCGUUGGAGCACGCGAGGGGGUCGCGCCCGGGGAUGAGCUGAUUGCGGGUCCGCGCGUCGCGCACCGGACCGGGAGGCCGCGGGAGCCGCCUUCUCCGAGUCGUCGCCCGGCCCUGGGAUCUGAGAUCAUGUCCAUCCACAUCGUGGCGCUGGGGAACGAGGGGGACUCCUUCCACCAGGACAGCCGGCCGUCCGGGCUCAUCCGCACGUACCUGGGGAGGAGCCCGCUGGUCUCGGGGGACGAGAGCAGCUUGUUGCUGAGCGCGACCAGCACCGUGGCGCGCCCCGUGUUCACCGAGUACCAGGCCAGCGCGUUUGGGAACGUCAAGCUGGUGGUCCACGACUGUCCCGUCUGGGACAUUUUUGACAGUGACUGGUACAGUUCUCGAAAUCUGAUUGGGGGUGCCGACAUCAUUGUGAUCAAAUACAACGUAAAUGACAAGUUUUCAUUCCAUGAAGUGAAGGAUAAUUAUAUUCCGGUGAUAAAAAGAGCAUUAAAUUCAGUUCCAGUAAUCAUCGCUGCUGUUGGUACCAGACAAAAUGAAGAAUUACCUUGCACAUGCCCACUGUGCACCUCAGACAGAGGCAGCUGUGUCAGUACGACCGAAGGGAUCCAACUUGCUAAAGAGCUAGGGGCUACCUACCUGGAGCUGCACAGCCUGGAUGACUUCUACAUCGGGAAGUAUUUUGGAGGAGUGUUGGAGUAUUUUAUGAUUCAAGCCUUAAAUCAGAAGACAAGUGAAAAAAUGAAGAAAAGGAAAAUGAGCAACUCGUUUCAUGGAAUUAGACCACCUCAGCUUGAACAACCAGAAAAAAUGCCCGUCUUGAAGGCCGAAGCGUCGCAUUACAACUCCGACUUGCACAACCUGCUGUUCUGCUGCCAGUGUGUGGACGUGGUGUUUUACAACCCAGACCUAAAGGAGGUGGUGGAGGCCCACAAGAUCGUCCUCUGCGCCGUGAGCCACGUGUUCAUGCUGCUUUUCAAUGUGAAGAGUCCUGCUGACAUCCAGGAUUCCAGUAUCAUCCGCACGGCCCAGGAUCUCUUUGCUAUCAACCGGGAGGCUGUGUGUCCAGGUGCUAGCCAGGAUUCUCCAGGCAACCCACCACUCCGAGUCAUCGUUAAAGACGCCCUCUUCUGUUCGUGUUUGUCGGACAUUCUGCGCUUCAUUUAUUCAGGUGCUUUCCAAUGGGAAGAAUUGGAAGAAGAUAUCAGGAAGAAGUUGAAGGAUUCUGGGGAUGUUUCAAAUGUAAUUGAGAAAGUUAAAUGCAUUUUAAAAACACCGGGAAAGAUUAAUUGCCUGAGGAAUUGCAAAACCUAUCAAGCCAGAAAACCUCUAUGGUUUUAUAACACUUCCCUCAAGUUUUUCCUUAAUAAACCAAUGCUUGCUGAUGUUGUCUUUGAAAUACAAGGUACGACAGUGCCAGCCCACAGGGCCAUCCUGGUGGCUCGGUGUGAGGUGAUGGCAGCCAUGUUCAAUGGCAAUUAUAUGGAAGCAAAGAGUGUUCUGAUUCCAGUCUACGGCGUUUCCAAAGAGACGUUCUUGUCAUUCUUAGAGUACCUAUACACGGACUCCUGUUGCCCAGCUGGCAUUUUCCAGGCCAUGUGUCUCCUCAUCUGUGCUGAGAUGUACCAGGUGUCCAGACUGCAGCACAUCUGUGAGCUGUUCAUCAUUACCCAGCUGCAGAGCAUGCCCAGCAGGGAGCUGGCAUCCAUGAACCUCGAUAUAGUUGACCUGCUCAAGAAAGCCAAGUUUCACCACUCUGAUUGCCUUUCAACCUGGCUACUUCAUUUCAUUGCCACUAACUACCUCAUCUUCAGUCAAAAGCCUGAAUUUCAGGAUCUUUCAGUGGAAGAACGCAGUUUUGUUGAAAAGCACAGAUGGCCAUCGAAUCUGUACUUGAAGCAGCUUGCGGAAUACAGGAAGUAUAUUCACUCCCGGAAGUGUCGCUGCUUAGUCAUGUAACCUGGCGCUUUUAUGUACACACACUUUUAAAAUUAUCAUCAUUAUGAAGAAUGGGAUACCUCUGGGUACCAGUAAAAGUCUUGUGACCGAAACAUGGGCGUUAAAAUAUAUAUAUGGGUGUGGGGGGGAAAAAGUCACCAUACAGCUUAAUGUGUUUACUAGCUUUCCUUGAAAAAACUAUGGUUGUGAUCUUAAAAGGGAACAAAAUAUACCACAGGCUAAAUCUAAGGCUUCACAAAGUGUAUAAAGCUGUUGUGCAGCUACUUAUUCCCUUUAAGAUGACCUGUUGCUUUGGUGAUAUUAAUACCUUUCCCAGUUAAGAAAUGUUAAAAUGUUUUAAAAAUCAUGUAGGAUUAAUACAGAAAUUUCAUCAUGUCUGAUUAAUGGCUUUGUUAAAAUUAAGGGCAUGUAAAGACCCAGUGUGACUAUUUCUAUAAUGAAAAAUCUAGGGGCCGACUGAUCAAUCAGAGACUCUAGGAAUCAAAUUUUGCCUGACAUUUUGAAUGUGAAAUGACACCUGUUUUCACAUCAGUGUUAAAACCAUCAUGAAAAAAAAAAAUCUGUUUUUUGUCUGAACAACCCAACUGAGCCACCUUGUCUCUUCCCUGGGAUUCAGAUUGGGCAGGAAACCUCAGGCAGGAUGGUUGUAUGGCCAGGGCACUGUGUGGUCGUAUAGGGUCAGAGCUUAGAAGGGCCCCUGCUUGGUUCCAUCUUGAAAUUCAUAACAAUGUUUGAGGAAGGGCCCUGCAUUUUCACUUUGUGCUGGGCCUCCAAAAUUAUGUCUGUCUUGUAGUGGGAUAUGUACUAUGUUUUCUUGCUCAAACAUCAUUGCUCCUGGAAGCAGAAAAGAGGCACUGAUAUUGAGGGAAGAGAAGGAGGCUUUCUGGAGGGAAGAGGGCAUGUGGGGGUUCUGGGAGCUUUGGGGAAAUCUGUUCCUCCCAGGGCCUCUGUGCCACCUCGACUAGCGAGUGAGAAAUGCGUUGUGUUGUGUUAUCUUUAAGACACUCAGAGUUGUGGCUCUGUCCCAGACGAGCCAAUACUUUCUUGACCAUUCUGUAGGACCAGGGUAUUGGUAAAAGUGACUGACCAGCAUGACUUUUAUAUGUAUUUAUGAAGAUGCUCAUAGAAAAAUGUGCUUUUUAGAGAAUUUGCUAUCGAAGGCUCAAGAUGUUUUUGUUUUAGUGUAUUUACUAAAAUUAGGAUGUCAGUGGCUUGAAUUAUUUGAAUUCUUUUGAGGACCGCAAAGCUAUUUGAUGAGGAGUAGCGUGAGUUUUGUCCUUCAAGAUUACCCAGUAAGUUAAAAGAAAGGAUAUAAAUGAAAUACUUGUUCCAUGUAGAGAAAAUGGUACUUGGAUAGAGGACAGAAUUCUAGUUUCUCUUGUGUUUCAUGUCAACAGAAAUAAUUACACAAGCAGAGAGAGAGAAAACCAGAUUACUGUGUUAUUGUUGACAUCAUUUUCAUCUGUAAUACAAUUCAGUAUUGGAUAUAUAUAUUUUUUAAUUUUCAAUUACUUUAGAAUACAUAUAGUUUCCCAACUGUUCAAAGGUUUGAUUAGACAGUUUGAUACUAUAGUAUUAGAAUCACAUACAGUUGUUUGUCAGAGAGGAAAAAUAAAAAUUCUCUAAAUAUUUCUCUCAAAAAACCUGAUUUUAACUGAAUUGUGUUGAUGAAGAUUACUGGAAUGCAUUUUAUGUCUUUUGAAUUUUAAUCACUUGAGCUAACCAACUAUUGGCAAGUCCCAGUGGGCAUCCACUAGCAUGGUAAAGAAUAGACACUGUAGUGGAUUUCCAGAAAUUCAUUCACAUUCAAGAACUUUUAAAAUGCAGUGACAGCAUUUUAUUCUUCAUAAGCAUAUUCUUACCCCUAUAUGAAUUAGAGCACUUAAAAUUCUAAAUCAGUAACUUUUAAUCUAGGAAAUUGAAACAUAAAAGUCCUAAAGCAAAAUGUAUUCUUGCAAAUACUAUUUAACAUUUAAAUGGACUACAUAUAGGUUUUAGGUUGUUCGACUGGAGCUGAGUGUGGAAGUUUAUGCUCUGUUGGUGUUCAGCAUGUAGUUUUUAUUAUAAAAGUUCUUUACCACCUGUGUGAGCGACUCAAAUACACAAAUGUCAUGGCUCUUGAGAGCUGUUCAGAAUAGUAAUCAAAUUAGUUUUUAAAUCUAGAUUAAAAUCUUUGAAUUCACUCAAUUUAAAAUAGCCAGACAUUUAAAAAUACUCUUAAGCUAUCUUGGAAAAAUGAGUACUCUUUUGGUUUUGGUUUUAAUUGAGAGAUUAUUUCUAGAUGAAUGUGUGCUCUGUGAUCAUCUCUGCUUCAAUAUAUUUAUCAAUCAUUUUAAUUAGAGAAGAUACUGUAUGUUAGAGCUAAGGCCUUCUCUUUCUGGGCCAGGUUUUCACCUUAUGUAACCCUUUGUAUACUUCUGGCUACUCUGUGUCAUAUUGUACGAAAGCAGGCUUGUAAUAUAGAAGUUUCAGCAACAUAACCGAAAUUCAUUUAGUCCAAGCCAGCAUGGUGGCUUCAUAUUGGGCAGUAGCAGAAAACUGAAGAUUUGAAUAAAUUUGACUUUCAAGACAGAUAAACUUUUCAACUAUUAUUUUUAAAACUACACUACACUGAUACAGUUAAUUAUACAAAAAAAGUCCUCAAGAGUAUUUUAUUUUAUUUAAAGCAUCUGUUUAAUUCAGUCUUUAAUAAUUUUGCAAAGAAGGAUAUGUGUGUAUUUUAAUAUAGCCUGAUCUGAAUUUAUAUGUUUUUAGCUUUAGUAUUUAACAUUUUGUAACAAAUAAACCUUUUUUAAAAAAAUAA